UUGGGGGCUGGGCACCGAGGAAGGACUGCACAGAACUUUGCCUUGGUUGGAGCGGGACUGUGCCCCCGCCCCGACCUUUUCUGGAUUGCUCUUUUGGGGACGCGCUGGGCUCCCCCGGACCUUUGUUCUUACAUCCGGCUAUAGCCUUGGCUUCCCGGCGACCCCAGCGUGGUCACAGGGGCCCCCCUGUGCCCAGGGAAAUGUUUCAAGCUUUCCCCGGAGACUUCGACUCCGGCUCCCGGUGUAGCUCCUCGCCCUCCGCCGAGUCUCAGUACCUGUCUUCGGUGGACUCCUUCGGCAGUCCACCCGCCGCCGCCGCCUCCCAGGAGUGCGCCGGUCUCGGGGAAAUGCCCGGUUCCUUCGUGCCCACGGUCACCGCCAUCACGACCAGCCAGGACCUCCAGUGGCUUGUCCAACCCACCCUCAUCUCUUCCAUGGCCCAGUCCCAGGGGCAGCCACUGGCCUCCCAGCCCCCGGCGGUCGACCCCUAUGAUAUGCCGGGAACCAGCUACUCCGCACCUGGGCUGAGCGGCUACAGCAGUGGUGGAACUAGUGGCAGUGGUGGGCCUUCCACCAGUGGGACCACCGGUGGACCUAGGCCUGCCCGCCCAGCCCGAGCCCGGUCCAGGAGACCCCCAGAGGAGACGCUCACACCGGAGGAGGAAGAGAAGCGAAGGGUCCGCAGGGAAAGGAACAAGCUAGCAGCCGCCAAGUGCAGGAACCGUCGAAGGGAGCUGACCGACCGGCUGCAGGCGGAGACAGAUCAGCUGGAGGAAGAAAAGGCUGAGCUGGAGUCAGAGAUCGCCGAGCUGCAAAAGGAGAAAGACCGUCUGGAGUUUGUACUGGUGGCCCACAAACCGGGCUGCAAGAUCCCCUUCGAAGAGGGGCCCGGCCCCGGCCCCGGCCCCGGCCCCGGCCCGCUGGCGGAGGUGAGAGAUUUGCCAGGGUCCGCAGCCACUAAGGAAGACGGUUUCGGCUGGCUGCUGCCGCCCCCGCCACCACCGCCCCUGCCCUUCCAGACCAGCCAAGACGCAGCCCCCCACCUGACAGCUUCUCUCUUUACACGCAGUGAAGUUCAAGUCCUCGGCGACCCUUUCCCCGUUGUUAACCCUUCGUACACUUCCUCGUUUGUCCUCACCUGCCCGGAAGUCUCUGCGUUCGCCGGCGCCCACCGCCCCAGCGGCAGUGACCAGCCCUCCGACCCCCUGAACUCGCCCUCCCUUCUCGCUCUCUGAACUCUGUAGACAUGCGAAACAAGCACAAGGUCGAGGGGGAGAGAGACGGACGAGGAGGAGGAGGAG